AGGCGCCGGGGAUAAAGUUUGAGAGAAACACAAGUGUGGCUUAACAACAAUCGGAGCUCAGUUUACUUGAGAGUUCUAGUUUUCAGAGAUUUAAAGUCAUCGGUGACAUUUCUUCUUGGAUUUCUUUUUUUUUUUUGUCUCACUUUUCUGUUUUUUUUUCGUAGACCUGGCUACGAUUUUUGAGAAAGUAUUUUUGUCUGUGUCGCGGACGUUAUUAGUCCUAUUUUUGUCCCAAGUCGGUGAUUGUUAUAUCACUGGAAGCCAUGAGCACGUUGGGAAUAAACGCAGUGGGAGAUGUCAACAGUGCAGGCUUUGACCUCAUUCAAAACCGCAUCGAGUCGCUGAGCAGCAAGAUGGACAAGCUCAUCAACAUUCAAGAAAAGGUCCUGAACCGACUCGACGGGAUGUCUCAGGACAUUGAUUUCAUCGAACAGGAUAUGGAGAACUUGAAGGUAGACAAGGAGGAGAUCCAUCUCCCGCCCAGAGUAGUGAACCAGACCCAGGUGAUGGGGCGAGAGGUGAGGGACAUCUGUCAGGAGAUGAGCACCAUCAUGUCGGUGGUGAACCAGCGGUCUGAGCAGCAGGCUCAGAAACUGGAGGGGAUGGAAAAACUGGUCCUCAGCAUGCAGCAGGUGAUCAGCUUCAUCGGGGAGACGGUGAAGAGCUCGCGGGUUAUGGAGCUGAUGUUCAAAGGCCGAGUGGCUCGGAAGGGCUCCAAACCCAAAGAAUCAAAAGGAAAGCAAGCUAUUAAGAGGAAAUCAUCUUCAGAUACGAUAGCUAAGAAGCUUGACAAGAAAACUACCUCUAAUAAAGCCAAUAAAGGGAAACAAGAGAUAACUCCUGCAUGCGAGUCCAGUUCUCUGCAGACUUCUCACAAGAUAAAGCUCCACGGACCAAAGCAUUUCCUCGCCUCGCGCAAAUGUGGAAAGUUUUUGAAAGACCACAAAGGCAAAGAUGGGACAGAUAAGCCCUGUUUGAGCCCGAAGGGUCUGAAAGCUCAAAAGAAGAUGAAGCCUCCAGAUACAGCAGACAAUAUUUCUUUGAAGAAGCAGGUUUUGCUUCUGGAAGAGGUGCAGAAACUCAACAGGGAGAACGCUGAGAAAUCAGGUCACCAGCUCGCCCCUGGGUAUCUGGACCUGGAGGCCGGAGUUUCCCCCAAAGAUCAAAAAGCCGACGGCCCGGCCUGCAACCUGGUGGACUUCCUGCGGGAAGACUCCCGAGUGGCUGAAACACCUGAGGUUGCUGAGGCAGUUUGUGAGGAGAAAGAGGAGGAGGUUGGGGAGAAGGUGCCCGAGAGAGAGGCGGCAGCGACGGAGAAGGACGCCAAACCCGAUGUGGAGGAUGCAGUGAAAGAAGAAGUAAAACUCCCAGAAGUAAAGGAGGAAGAGCAGGUUUCUGCUUCUGAAGAACCAGCUAAAGUCCCAGAGUCCCCUGCUUCCCAAGUCGAUGACAAAGAAGUGACUGCUACCAGCAGCGACGACCACAAAGACGCCUCGCCAUCUCCGAAGGCUGAACAGGACCAGACAUCAGAGGUCAGCGGCACAAGCACCAAGCACUUUGUGACUGAGGAACACUUUGUAGUGGAGCAACACACCAAGCGCCGGGUGGUGGUGGUGGAGGAGGAGAAAGAGGAGAACGAGGAGGAGGAGGAGAAGAGAGAAGACAACGAGGAGGAUGAACAGAAGCUGGAGUCGGACGGCUGGGCCGUCUUCAGCGCAGAUGGAGUUGAAUUCCAGUUUGACCUCAAACAAAGACUGGAGAGGGAGAGAAAGGCAAGCGAGGUCGAGCACGAUGCAGGAAAAGAAGAUGCUGACGACGACGCUGAGCGCUACUUCAUUGACACCAGUGCUCCUCCAGCGGCUCCUUUUAAUCACCGCAUUGUGUCGGCCAAGCCCAACCAGAUCAGGAAUUUCUACACCAUCAACUGGCAGGAGAUCUUGGGCGGGGGUCGCUUCGGCCAGGUGCACAAGUGCGUCGAGAACUCGUCUGGCCUCACGUUGGCGGCGAAGGUCAUCAAAGCCCGGAGUCAGAAAGAGAAGGAGGUGGUGAAGAAUGAGAUCCAGGUCAUGAAUAAUCUGGACCAUGCCAACCUGAUCCAGCUCUAUGCAGCUUAUGAGUCAAGGAAUGACAUCAUCCUUGUACUUGAAUACGUUGGUGGAGGGGAGCUGUUUGACAGGAUUAUUGAUGAAAACUACACUCUAAUGGAGCUGGACGCUGUGGUGUUUAUCAGGCAGAUCUGUGACGGCCUGCAGCACAUGCACAAAAUGUCCAUCCUGCACCUCGACCUGAAGCCGGAGAACAUUCUGUGUGUGAGCAGAGUCACAAACAAGAUCAAAAUCAUCGACUUUGGUCUUGCCAGGAUAUAUAAACCGAGGGAGAAACUGCGGGUGAAUUUCGGCACUCCGGAGUUUCUCGCCCCCGAGGUCAUCAACUACGACUUUGUGUCGUUCAACACGGACAUGUGGAGCCUCGGCGUCAUCACCUACAUGCUCCUGAGCGGCCUGUGUCCCUUCCUCGGAGACGACGACAACGAAACCCUGAACAACAUCUUGGCCUGUCAGUGGAACUUUGACGAGCAAGAGUUUGUGGACACGUCAGAGGAAGCCAAAGACUUCAUCAGAAGACUCCUAAUUGUAAAUAAAAGCUGGAGGAUGGGGGCGAGUGAGUCCUUGAGGCAUCCUUGGCUUUCUGACCCUGUGCUUCAUCACCGUCUCCAUACAAAGAAAACUAUGUGCAGGUCACGGCGAUCAUCAUGCGUGCCCACCACUGAGAGCUGAGAGCUCUGCGAUGAUGUGACGGCUCCAGCUGUGGCCACUUGGACCAACCCUUCUGUCCAUGUAGAGGACCUUAAUUCCAGUCCGUGCACCUGUGACAUGGACUGAUAUUCUGGUUGACCCCCUUCCUCCCUCCCCCCGAAAACCUUUUCCUGACAUGCGAUCCACUGUGUUUUGUAACUGUGAGCAAUAUGAAAUAUUCAGAGGUAAACAGUUUGGGUUCACAGGGUUUUAAUAUUGGACAGCCCACUGUACAUUCAUGAAAUGAUUUUUAACAAAUGGUAAAAUAAGCAUCCUAUAACUUUAAAUUACCAUGCUAUAUACUACCUUUGUGAAUUUAACGAUGCUCAUCUAUUGUUGAAACUGUGUCAGGGUAAAGUUAAAUCAGCUGCUGAGUAGUUUUUAGUUUGUUGGUAGCGUUUUGAACGGAGUGUUUUCCAUCUCGUGGUAUGCGGCACUUCCACAUGGUGCUAAUAGCUUAAUAACACACCUGUUAUCAUAUACUUGAGAUUGCAUUUGUGUGGCCUUUGAAAGCUGAAUAUGCACAUUUUAUUAUCUACUUCACUUUUAAAUACCCACUCACUGUUGUUUAUUUCUAACCAAAGUCACUACUUUUACCAUUUGCUGCUUUUUUUUUUGGUUUUAGGUGUUUAGAUACCUCAACUGCUUUUAUAUGAAGGCUAAGAUCCCAGCAAAGUAAUUACCUGUGCUGCAUUUCUCCUCUCUCUGUUAUAAAUAAUGUUUGUUUUUUGCUGUAAAUAGAUGCUCAACAGUUGAUUCAAAUUCAGAUUUUCACAGGGGAUGGACUCCAUAAGCGUGGUCGGUGUAUAUUGUGGACAGAAUGGAAUUUUGUGUGGCGUCAAAAGCUGUAGCAUGUGCACUUUAUGUUAUUUAUUUAAACAAAACAAAAACAACACACAACUCGACUGUGGUUCCACUGGGAAGACUCCUAUGGUCGGAUCGCCUCAUCUGUUUAUAGAGAAAAUACAUUUUACCUUAAAGCAAACACGACACAGUUUAUGUCUUAUCAGCAAAGCCUGUUUGUUUUAGUUUUAUUUUUUUUUGUUGCAUGUCUUUAUGUGUCACUAAAGCUUAAAACUUCAGAGUAGUAAUUCUUUUUUUAAAAAAAACUUCAUUCGCAGCACUGUAGACGCUUUUUUCCGCAUAACAAAGUUAUCUUUUAAAAUGCCUUCUGUGAAGGUCCACUAACUAAAAGUAAUACACUACCUACCUACUGUUGCCUUAGUUUGUUAAAGGUGUUGUUAUGUGGUUUUGAUUUAUCGUCAUGAUGAAUGUCAUGUUGAUUACUGGAACACUGAGUGCUAGUUAAAAAAAAAACCCCAAAACAAACCAAAAAGAAACUGUCUUCACUGAGUGUUAACAAAUUCAGCAUGUAUUUGUGAAGUGUGUAGACACCCAUUAAACUGAAGUAGUGUCUUAAA